AUGGUAACAGUAGUAACAGUAGUAACAGUAGUAGCUGUAGUAGCAGUAAUAGCAGUAGUGGCAGUAGCAGUACUAGCAGUACUAGUAGUAGCAGCAGUAACAGGAGUAGCAAGCAGUAGAAGCAGUAGUAGUAGCAGGAGUGGCAGUAGCAGUACUAGCAGUAGUAUUAGUAAUAGCAGUAGUAGCAUUAACACAACUAAUACCACGCCUUUUAGAGGCGAAGACAGCUCAUGUUUAUGUAUUGAUGAAACGGACUCUGCAAGAGCAGAUGUUAAUGACGAACCUGGUGGAGUAGUCCAUCAAGGUGUCAGGCGUAGUAAUAGAUUAAAAGGUAACCAAAACAAUAAAACUGGCUACAACAAUAAUAACAAAGGCGGUUUUUUAGGACAACGAAACCGCAGGACACCGUCUACCAACAACAGGAACAGACGGUAUUAG